UUCAGAGCGACGAACAAAAGGUUACACAGACGGACAAGUGGAACUUUUGCAGUCAUCAACCAGAUCCUAUUUCCUCUCCAUCGCCCCGCAACCUUGGGAUCAAAUCCAGAAAUGAACAUCCCAAAUGCAAAACAGUGUAGUAACCCUUUCAAUCCCAUCAGGAAAAAGAAGCAACCCGUUCAUCAAAUCAAUUCCGCUUCGACUAACAGUUUUAAUCGCCGCCGCAGCAUUCGCGAUUUCCGAUGGCGGAGCACGCCGACGAGCUCACCAUCCCGAUUCACUCCUCCCUCGAUCCCGUCUACGGCGGCGGCCCCGAAGAGAUCAAACAAGCUCGCGUCCGAUUCGACAAUCUGAAGGCGGAGUUCGAUCGAGUUUUCGGCCAUCCGCCGGACAUCUAUUCCCGCUGUCCAGGACGAGUGAAUUUGUUGGGAGCGCAUACUGCUAGAGAAGGCUGCUCGGUGUUGUCGACGGCGAUUCAACGAGACACCAUUGUCGCAAUCUCCAAGCAUUCUCCAAAAGAAGGGGAAAAGCUGCUGCGGAUCGCGAAUGUCGACGAGAAGAAGUACGCGAUGUGCAGUUACCCUGCCGAUCCUAAUCAGGCAGUGGACUUGAAGAAUCGUAGUUGGGGUGAUUACUUCAUCUGCGGGUACAAAGGUUACUAUGAAUAUGCGAAAGCCAAAGGGAGAGACGUUGGAGACUCGGUUAGGUUCUUCGACGAAUCGGUUGGGCUUGAGGUUAUGGUUGAUGGAGCUGUUCCAAUUGGUUGGGGGCUGUCGAGCUCUGCAGCAUUCGUUUGUUCAGCUACGGUCGCGAUCAUGGCUGCUUUCGGUGUCAGCUUCCCAAAGAAAGAAGUUGCUGAGGUGACUCGUGAAUGUGAAAGCCACAUAGGGAAAGGUCAAUCUGCAGGAAUGGACCAGCAUGCAGCCUCUAUGGUGGCUAAAGCAGGAUUUGCUGAGCUGAUAGAAUUCAAUCCGGUUCGAGCAACUGAUCAUGUGCAGCUGCCGAAGGGUGCCACUUUCGUGAUUGCACAUUCUCUGGCCGACCAAUCUCAGAUGGCUGCAACUGGAUACAAUACCAGAGUUGUCGAAUGUCGUUUAGCUGCUAUCUUACUUGGAAUAAACCUGGGAAUGAAGCCAGAGGAGGCAAGAUCAAGAAUGCAAACUCUGUCUGAUGUAGAGGGAUUGGGUAAAUCUGACCCACUUGCCUCUGUUAAGGAAUUUCUGAAAGAGGUACCCUACACAGCCGAACAAAUCGAGAACAUCGUUGGAGAAAAAUUGACAUCCUUGUUCAGUACUUCGCCGUCGUCGAUAUUGGAUGUGCUCAACUCAACCACGCAGUACAAGUUACACCAGAGAGCUGCGCAUGUCUACUCAGAAGCAAAGCGGGUGCAUGCGUUUAGGGACAUAGCGUCAGGAAAGCUCAGUGAUGAGGACAAACUGAAGAAGCUAGGCGAGCUAAUGAACGACAGCCAUAAAAGCUGUACUUCUUUAUACGAAUCCAGUUGCCCGGAGUUGGAAGAACUAGUGAAAGUCUGCCGGGACAAUGGAGCCUUAGGGGCAAGGCUCACCGGCGGUGGAUGGGGCGGUUGUGUGAUUGCUCUGCUGAAGGAGGCCACCGUCCCACAAUUCAUUCAAACGUUGAAGGAAAAAUUUUAUCAGGCAAGAGUCGAAAAGGGUGUAAUUGGCAAGAACGAUCUUGACCUCCAUGUCUUUGCUUCCAAGCCUUCCAGCGGUGCUGCCAUUUUCAAGUUCUAGAACGAACAUUGGAGUUCCUUCCAUGAAUUUUUGGAAUCAAUUCACGGGGUUUGAAGCUCGUCAGAUGAGCUCUAGUACUUUUUUGCAUCUAGCUAGCUAGCUCCAGCCUUGGAGGAUUUGUGCUUUACUUACUACUUUCGAUUUUGAAUGAUUCGUUAUGAAAAUUUAUGAUAAGAUCUAUGCAAUUCGAUCUGUCACGAUUUGAUUAGGCUGAGUUUUAUCCGAUUUCUAAUAGUGUAGGGUGGAGUAUGGGU